AUGUUUACUGUAUUUGGAAAUGAUAAAUUAGAUUAUAUAAACUCACAAUCUUCAAUAAAAGAAUUAAAAGAAUGGAAAACUUUCUCAAAAACUGAGUGGUGUAGAAAAAACUUGUUUAAAACGAUAGAAAAUAAUAACAAUAAUACAUAUAUUGCUGAAAUUACAUUGAAAAUAUGGCCAGCUGGUAUUCCAUCUCAGAGCUUGUUCUAUUUUGCAAUGAUAGUUGUAAGUUUACUUCUAGAUCCUAAACAUGGAACAGAUAUGAAAGACAAGCAUGUUGUUAUGAGGAGAUUAGACAUCAGCAAAUCAAGUGAAUCAAGUGAUUCCAAUGAUGCCAGUGAUGCUGAGAAAUAUAGCAAUCAAACUAAAAAAUUAGAAUAUCACAAUGUUUAA